AUGGAGUCAUGCGUCUUGUCACGUAUCCUCACCAUCGCUCAUGAAUCUGAUGUUGGGAAGACAACUACUGUCAUCACUGCUUCUAAAAUCAUUUUCUCUGGUGACCUCAAGGAAAGAGAUUCUCCGACCGGUAAUGACACCGGCUUCUUCUCCGUCGGGAGGAAGGAUGGGAAGGUCGCUCCGGUUGGGGUUUUUGACAAGUAUCCGGCUCUUGUUACCGGUUUUUUCUCCUUCAUGUGGGUUACUGUAUCUGUGAGGAAACAUCUUAUAAUGCAUUAUUUUAUUGUUGUGUGUUGCGGGCAGCCUAUGGACUCAAAUCUCCUGGAGCUGUUGAUUUCUGUUGCUGUCUGUCCUCCAUUAGGCCAUGUGACCAGUAAUGCAUCAUUCGCAGCGGUUGUUAUGUUCUUUACCCACACAAUCAAAGGUGACGUCAAGAUGGCACUGUAUUGUCCAAAAAAAUUAUUUCCUAUUGGUACCAAGAGGAUGCCAUAA